AAAUUAAAAGAUAGAGAAGAAAUAACUAUCCGCCAAAAUCACGUGACCAUAAGAGUGGGAGAAUUAGAAUUUACCAAGGAAUUAAGCCGUGACGGGAAGAAGACUCACACCCAACGAAUCCAUGAAAAUCUACCUUCAUACUUGAAGGAUUUAGACCAACUGGGGAUAGAAAACCCCAUAAUAUCUAAUCUAGUUAUUAGAAAUAACUGGGUGGAAAAAUUUGCUUAUUUGUGCAAUAUUUUAAAGGAUGAAAAAUUUAACAAACGGACUAAUAGUGAUUCUCUAGAACUUAGAGGAAAGCUAAUAAGUCGAAUUGCUAAAAGAGUUUUUCUUCUUUUCAAUGCUCAUGGACAAAACAUUAUCCAAGCCGUCCAAGAUCUUAACAUUAGUAUUCUUUUACACAUGUCCAAAAGGGACUUUAAUGAAGUUUUACUAGUUGAAGCCAAAUGGUUAAGGGAUGAAGAAAUAAU